CCCCCCCCUCCUCCUCCUCCUCUCGGGCAGGCGGCGGCGGCGGCGGCUGCUGCGGGGCCGCGCGGAGCCUUCCCCACCCGCUCGCCAGGGCCGCCGAGGCCGGACUCCGAGGCCGGAUAUGGCUCGUGGACAGCAGAAGAUUCAGUCACAGCAGAAAAAUGCCAAAAAACAAGCUGAGCAAAAAAAGAAACAAGGACAUGAUCAGAAGGCUGCAGCCAAGGCUGCCUUGAUAUAUACCUGCACUGUCUGUAGGACGCAAAUGCCGGACCCCAAGACCUUCAAACAGCACUUUGAAAGCAAGCAUCCUAAGACUCCACUUCCUCCAGAAUUGGCUGAUGUUCAGGCAUAAAGUUGUCUACAGGUGAAGUCACGGCACCUAUUGACUCUUCUGCUGUCAGAUCUUACAUAACAAACCUGCAGCUGCUUUUCUAAAACUGUUGAUCAGCAAAAAUGAAGGGGCUACAGAAACAUUCAUAUUUUUAUGCUGUUCCCUCUUGGGCUUCAUGCAAAGACAAUUCUGUGUAAAUGUACAGUUGUGCCCUAUUUGAAAAUCCUGAAAAAUCAGUCCAUACUUGUUAUAAAAAAUUUUUUACAAUUGUAAUUAUAUUGAUGUUCAUAUUGUGUAAAAUAACUCAUUUAAUAAAGUAGUACUUUGAUUUUACAGUAUCACAGGUUAAGUGCUUGUAGAAGUUCUGUUUCAAAUUUCUGCAUUAUCUGCCUUAUGAAAUCCUGACAAAGACAAAGUGGAAUCUUCCCUGUCCUGCCAAAACUUGAGCAGUAUCAUUCCACUGAAAGUAAUGUACAUUACAGUAAAUUAAUCCCAAGUGAAGAGGGAAGCUGCUCAGAUUUAUCAUUCAGUGUGCAGUGUUCAAGUUCUUGGCUCAAAAGGCAAAGCAAACUCCUUAGAAGUUGCAUUAGAAUCAUGAGACUUCCUUCCCCAUGUUGCUGUUCUGCGUAUGAGAGUCUAGUACUACAAGCCAUUUAGAACGGGAUUCCUGUGUUGCAAGGGAGCUUGUUCCUUGGAGUCGUGCGCUGGAGAGGCCCUUGUUAGAGGCAAGUGAUCCUUAAUGGCUAAGGGAGGUGAAAGAUGAUAGAAUUUAAUGCUUUUGGGCAUGGUGGCCUGAGUAAUGCUCACAAAUAUAAGUUAAAGUAACUGCUCUUGACUGUAAUAUUGAUAGGAAAGAUUUUUAAAGAUACUUGAGCAGUCAACCAUACAAGCUCCCCCUUGAAUGUGUCUGGUUAUUUCAGUAGCAGCUCUUCAAGAAAUAUGUAGAGUAGCCAGUUAUUAAUAGCCUUACUUCACAACCAGCUUAAAAUAAGCCUAUUGGAAUAGAACCAAAGUAACUAAAAUCAUAUGGCUAGUUUUAAUCACAUCUGAUUCCUUAAAGUUUCAUUGUCAAGAAAAAGCUGGAUAAUAACACUCUGGCCAAGAGCAUUUGAGACGCUAAAUACUAUUAACCUUUAGUAUUCUGGGCGCAGUUCUAAUCCCAGAUUUACAGCACAAAGUGGUAGAAAACAUCUGAAUUGUACUAGGAGGUCUCCCAUCCUCCACAUUUGGAUUGGGCUUGUUUAAGAACUUUAGUUUUGAAGUUACUGUAAGAAGCGAUACUAGAAUAGUUGUGAUUAUUUAUUGUGGUUACAAUUUAUGCAAAAUAAUUUUGGCAGUCCAAGUAACCCUUGCUUCGUGGCAGGACUGUGUAUCUGACCUUCAAAUGGCUUCCUGAAAUCUAGGAGUAUAGUCUCAAAAACUCAUUCACUUAAAAGAAUGCACUUGGUAUUUUAUUAUAUAAAGUCAAAGCCUUUGUCCACUUGUUUGCUCUCUAAUGGAAUACUUCUGUGAAAUUAGCUUCCUGUUCUCUUAACUAUGACAGUUAUCUCUGUAAAUACUCAUUUUGACCUAAAGUUUCUCUAUAUUAUACUCACUCUGGGAUAACCUGUGUAUACCACUUAACUUUUGUAGAUAAAGUUGUUUUCCUCUGGGAGUAAUCCACUUCUGCACUUGUACACUUGACAUCAGAAUGUAACCAUUUAUUUUUUUAUUUAAUGUUAUCAAUAAGUAUAUCCUGACAGACUGGCUCCCAGGAGACGAGAAAUCUGCUCUCAACCUUUGUGCUGAAUGGGGGAGGAGUACUUAAAUGUUCUGAUGCUGUAGUUUGUCUGAAAAUAUGCCUAGUGCAAAUUAAGGUAUCUCUUGCACUUAUUAGUAUUUGGUAAUCUGAUUUUACUUUGGAAAAUGUUUGGGAUGCAUUCCUAUAGUUUGAGCCUAAAGGUGAAGUAUAUGUUCCUUCGGUUUAGAUUGUGAAGCAUUAAAUAAAAAUAUUGUUUCAUAAACAAUCUCUCUUAAUGAGCACUGAAGAGCCGGAAAGCUGUAUCACUUGUAGGAUGGAUGAAUUAUGUUAGAACUGGUAUAUUUUCAAAACUGUAUGAAGCUUGAUUCAAAAAUACCAUAUGAACUGAUUUUUACAUAGUAGAAGGCGAGGGUGAUCCUCAGUUCAAUAAACCCCUAGUUGCAGUAGUUGUUAUCUAAAAUACAGUAACAGAUUAAACCUAUGACUGAAUUGUUAUAAAAGCUUUAAAAGUAUAGUGGGAAUGCUAUACUAAAUGGGGGAAUUGUUAUCGUUUUAGAAUAUCUACAAUACUCCUUGUACCUAAAAGUUGAGAGGACAGUCUAAGUUCUCUAUCAUCUCUUCCUGAUCUGAAGGAUGGCACCCUGUUACCUGGCUAAAGACACAACUGUGCAUUGUAAUGUGUCUGAUUAAAGAGAAUUAAAAAAAAAUGUAAAA